AUGACUACAAAAGUUGAAACAACCGUUCGUCAGUGGUCAACUCCAGUGCAAAAAGUUGUUGAAGGACAACCGCCGAGACCAGAAGAUAAUCCGACCACAAUAACCGGUGAAUCAAGAAGAGCCGAUAUAAGAACGAUCACUCCGAACUAUAAAUAUGGCACUGAAAAAUCAUCUUACGAAAUGAAAUUUGGUUCCUCUACAAAUCUUCCUGAAGCAGUUGGAGAUUAUAAGGUGAAAGAGACGCAAGAUCAUUUCAAGUUACAAAUAAUCGACCCAAAGGUUGUGUCUAAUGCAAAUAUGCCAGCAUCGUCCGGCACUGUUCCAGCUGCCUAUCAUCGAAAUAUUGACUUUCCCAGUGAACACAGCAAACGUUCAUUCUUAAAGCUUGAACCAAUGGAACAACGCAAAAUACGUUCGACCCAAACUCGCCCGAUAACAACAAGUGCGUAUCUCACUGAGAGUCUCGAUCGACAUCGUGAGAUGGAAGCAUCUCGAUUGAAGGAGUAUUUGAGGGCUAAAGAAAGUGAUGCUAAUAAGCCGUGGAAUAAACCUGAUUGGCCUGCUUCAAAGGUAUCACAAUGA